GGCAUGUUGUGAGUUGUGAAAACAUGGAACCAACUUUGUGACAUUUUAAUUUUCCAGCUCCAAAAUUUACAAUAUUUUGGGUUGAUUAAUUCAAUUAAAAAAGAAGUAGUCAUGUUUGGCAGCAUCAGAGACAAACUCCAAAACGUGCAAGAAGGAAUAUCGGCUAGUUUCCGUUUGCUGACUGUGAGUGAGGUGCCCCGGAAAAGUAAGAGCUCUCCAAGCCGAAAUAAGAUUAACUUAAAUGCUGGCGCCGAGUUAUUAGACAAAUACCAAACAGACUGGAAAGAGCUUCAUGAGAUUUCUGAAGAAAAUGCUAAAAACGCAGAGGUGGUGGACCAACUCAUCGAAGGCCUCCACAAAAGUGUUUCUAAGCAAUGGACGGACAUAGGCAAUCUCUGCAAAGUUUUGAAUGAGGUUCCUAAUUUAAUUAUUAGAGUUCAAGAUCUCAUGGAUGACGUUAACAAUCUGAAACACACUUUUGAGGACGUUGAGCACUCUCUACUAGCGUUUGAAGACUUGGUUGAGACCCAAGCUUUGCAAGAAGAGCAACUAGAACACAGAUUUCAGCUUGCUAUGUACAAAGAAAAGAAAUUAGCUGAGCUCGAAGACUGUAGAAAAAAACUCGAACAAGAUUACUCGGAAAAGUUAAAGCAACAUGAUGAGCAACAAAAAAAGGUUUUGAUGGAAAGACAAGCAGCGUUUCAAAAGGUUUUCUCAGAAGAUAUGACCGAGUUUAAGAAAUCUGGGCACAUUCCAAAAUUAGAAGUCCGAGGUCAAUUUGAAAAAGAAGUAUCAUUGGAAGAGGUUGAUCUUGAUGCAGACGAAUCUGCACUGGACGAGUUUUUGCGAGAUGUUGACAAUGACAGCGACACCAAUAUCGAUUUUGCCGCUGCACCCAAAAGUGCCCAGACAAAUCUCGAAAAUCCAUCACCCCCCUCGGAUGAUUAGGUUUUGCUAUGAUAUUGCUGCAAUUUUUAACAAACAAAAUCAUUAAAAUAUUUUCACAUUGAG